GGCGUGGAAAGUUUGGAAUUGGACGCGGUCAGCGCCGCGCCCGCUAGGGGCUUCUCUGUAGCCUCUCUUCUCCGACACUAUUACAUUCGACACCAUUUUUCUCACUCUUUUUCUCCUUCAUUUCUAUCCGCUUUCCCUCUCUCUUACUUCUUUACUCUCUUUUCUCUCGCAUUUCCAUCUGCACUAGCCGCCCCCUCGGCAGUCGCCAGUCGACAGUCGCCACCGCUCUCACCUCCGAUGAAACCUCAUAAGACGCUCUCGUCUUCUUCUCUUCUUAGCAUCCCACCACUCGUUUCUGUUCAUGUAAUCGUUUUUAAUAAUCCGAACCUUAUAACUCUCUAGUUUUCAGCCUUCAAGCAGAGUGGAAUGAUCAGUUGCGAAUCACUGAUUCAGACGAUCGGUGUAAUUCAAGCCGGUGAUAAUACCCUUUUGAUUUCUGCUUUCGAUUCGAUCGCUGUAAUUCAAUCCGGCUACGGGAUUUUACAACCUGGUUCUUACAAGACUUGUAUACAAACCGUUAGUGCAGACAAACAUUUCUCUUAAUGGGUCAUCCACAUAAGGGAAGCAAUAAGAGAAGAGGCAAGAAACAAAGCCAACCAAUUUCAAAUUUGAAGCAACACCCUACCCUUGGUCAGACUGCUGAGGAAUCUAUGGUUUUGAGCAGUUUGAUGAAAACAGAAGAGAGUGGGUUGUUUAACUCUACCAUAGUGGAAGAGGAUGCUGAUGCUGCAGUAUUGAUAGGGGAUAUGACAGAUACAACGACCCUUUUGAGUGACGAAGACGAUAAUUGGACAGAUACUUCUUUUGAUUUCACAGAUAAUGCUUCGUGCUCAAACUCUGAUAUUUCGUAUAUAUCUGGUAAUACGGACAAGCAUAUUGUUGCUUCUAGGAUGAUGUCAGAUGUAUCAGGGAAUUCUUCUAACAAGAUAAUGCUAACAUGGGUUCUGAAGGCAUGGGAAGCAAUUACUUGUUUAAGUGAGCCCUCAUCCGAGCUUUCCAAGAACACACAACAUCACAACUCAAACACAACGAUUGAAGAUGUUAGAGUUUGUUUUGAAAAAUGCAGCAUACAAGACCCCGGUAGAAAGUCAUGCCUACCUUUGUCAUCUAAUAAUGAUCUUCAGACAUGGCCUGCUUUAACUCCUAUCAAGCCCUCAUUUGAGUUUUCGAAGAGUAGAGAUCAACACAAUUCAAACAUAAAAGUUGUUUCUGAUGUUCUUGAAAAAAGUUACGGUUUAACUGGUGGGGCUUCUUACAUUGCCUCAUCAUCUAAUAGUGAUCUCCACGAGGGUAAUAUGUCAGUCAAGAGGAGUUGGCGUGAAGUUCUUGUUGGCCCUGGAACUUCCUCUGAACAGACUCGGACUCGGGACAUUAAAGGAAAGAGUCCAUUACAUGAUCCAGAUAGUUGGGUGAAGAUAGUAAAAAAAGGGUCACACACUCGGGACUCUAGAGGAAAGAGUGCAUUACAUGAUCCAGAUAGUUGGGUGAAGGUAGUAAAAAAAGGGUCACACAUGCAAAAACUUGAUUAUCCUUCAAAAGACACCGCAAAAAAGCAGCAUAUUCCUGGUAAGUAA